AUGUCAGGCACGCCGCUGAAAAAACGACGAGCAACGAUUCUGGUAACAGGUCCGCAGAGCAAGAAGACAAUUUAUGAGGAAGACGAGCAGAAAGCAGAAAAUGAAGCUACACUUCAAGACGUGAGUUCUAUUUCUUUCUAAGAUUACCUAAAUACUUGAUUUUCAUAGCUAAAUUGCAUAGUUUAAAAAACUCUUGGCAAUAAAUUUCGUUCAGAUCGCCCUGGUCCGUCAACGCCUUCAAAACGAAAUGGCCGUCGUGAAUACUGCCUCCGGAAUCGAGAUUUUGAUGCAGAUUGUCAUUGACGAACUUGAUAUUAUUGUCAGUUUCUGGGUUUUUUAUCUCGAAAAUCAACGAACCAUUUCAGCGUCAUGGAAUCCGCGAGAAUGGCGAACGAAUGCGGCGUUUCUUACGCGAUCAUUUCGGCGGAAAUCAAAUCAGAGCGAUUCUCGUUCGCAUUUUCUCAAAAUCAAUUAGUUCGAAGAACAUGUUGGAGUACAACAAAGAGGCGAAAGUGAUUCUGAAUGAGAUUUGCGAGAAGGAAGACGACUACAAAAUGCCGACGUACACGCUGAACGAUAUCGAAGAAGUACUUCUGAGCGACGAUUUGGAGGACGGGGUUAUUCAGCGACGAACCGAGAAGUGGGCACGUCUUCCGAUCAGACGGAAGUCCUUGUUCUCCGAAUUCGACGACGAUCCGUACAGCGAGUUCCGGAAGCUGAACGUGCCGAUGUCGAUGACAUUCGACGAGGAGGACGAGGACAGAUUGAGCAUGCCGAGCACACGGACCCAGAUGACCACUGACGAUCAGAUGGCGUCGAUUCAGAAUCAGUUGGCGAUGCUUUCGAAGCAACUUUUGAGUCUUCAGAAGGGCGGUCAGCUCAAGGCGGCUAGGGGCUCUUCAAGGGCCAGUUCCCGCAAAGGUGGACGGAGAAUGGAGAAGGUUGGUUCGGUGGAGCGCAUUUUUGUAUUCAAAGAAACUGUUUUCCAGAAAACCUCCCUGGAGAUCUCCUCCACGUCCUCCUCGUCCGAUUUCUCCGAAGACGAGGGCAAAGGACCGUCCGUCUGUUCUCCGUCGCUCUCUUCGCAUAGAAAAGUGUCCGAGACCACUUCCGUUGCGCCGAUGGCUCUUGCUCCCCCGCCUCCACCGCCUCCGCCGAUGAUGCUUCAAAUGGCUCCUAGUUCCGCUUUGAAAGAGAAAGAAAUGAACACUCCGGUGAAGCCGGCGCCUCUCAAACCUGCUCCGAAAUCGUUGCCCGCCGCCGAGACGAUUGUCUCGAAUCGACCGUAUUUGACGGAUAUUGCCAAUGGACGAAGUUUGCUCAAAAAGACUAUUAGGUAAGAUUUGAUCAGAGAUUUCUCAAGAAUUUGAAUUAUUUCAGAUCUCCCGGCGGCUCGCCCUCUGGUCAAAUCCGACAUCAAAAACGAGCGGUCUCCUCGUUCGAGGCGGCCCUCCGCGACCGAUUCCGUGGCUUCCACGGCGACACCUCGUUCUCCGAGCAGGAGGAAAACGGCGAUGAAGAUGUGAAUGCCACGUGGGACGAGUAA